ACGACGAAGUUCCUCUGUGCGGCAUAAUAACAGUGACAACAGGGUGAAGUUUUCUGCUCUCAGCAAAAUGAAUUACUUAAGUUAGCAGACGUUUCUUGUUGAAACACGACGACUUUUUGACAUCCAGUCAUUUAAAAAAGCUGACAGGAUUUGUGAGAUGUUGACAAAUGAUUGACUAUCGAAGGGUGACGCAAGAUUUUUUGGAAAGGAUGGAUGAUUAAAGAUUCUAAUGCUCUUACUUGAGGAAGUCUAAAAGUUCUUCGACACGGCUUACUUCAAUCAUAUCGAUGCAAAUGGCGGAGCAGGAUGUUCCUUCUGGUGGAGGUUUGGGGUUUGAACAAAGUUCUCCGCCUGCUCCUCAUGAUCCCUCAAACUCUCAAUCUGAAGCACAGGCUCCUGAAUGCUCGGUUAUUUCACGCUCUUCUCCGGAUUUCUCCACUAACCCUCCUGAAUCCACAACCUUACCUUGUGAACAUCUACAGAGUCCCGAGUUGGAGGAUCUGGAUUCCUAUAAUCUGAUCGAGCCUCCACCCCUGGACUGGAGGUCCGACUCUUCCAGCGAUGCCGGUUCAGUCGGAGAACUUGAAAGCUGUUCGGUGGGAGAGUUUGAGGUGCCUGGAUCUCUCAACACGGACACAAUCUCUGCUGUUGCUCAAACCUCCACAGAAACCUUCAGCAAAACAGAAGAGCUUUCAGCUCAAAAAGCAGUGCCUGAAAUUAGGGAUUUUCAAAAACAGGAAGAGGCGCAUAAGAGAAAGCAGGAGGAAGAAAAAGAAGUGAUGAAUAAAGAAACCGAGAAAGAUAAAACUAUCAAAAGCGAUCUUGACCACACCCACAUUCAAAGUCUGCUGAAUCAACUCCAUCUUUUUCAUCCAUCGACGCCAAUAAGUAGUCCCGCCCACUGCGCUCCUGACAAUUCAGCCAAUCACGACCCUCCGCAUCACACUCCACCGGAAGCCGCCGCCCCCUCCUGUCACGCCCAAUCGGCAACUACAGAUCCAGACUCAAGCGUCCCUUCAGCCCUGCUCUUUUCACGGGAGUACCAGAGAGAUCUUCUGCAGCUGUUGGACGAACCAGAACCUGAGGAACCAAGAACCAUUCUUCAGUUAGUUCACACGCCCCUACUGACCCCCAGCGCAGAACCUCAGCCGGUACUCAGACGGCAGAGCAGUGAUGCAGAUGAGAUGAUCUCCAUAUCUCACAGUGAGGACAUCUGGCACAGACAUCUGCAGGAUGAGCUGUUGCUCUCAGGAAUCACAGAGGAGGAUCGGUGGGCAGCAUCUGAACGUCUGACUCCAGAUCAGUCUGUAGGGGAGAACAGUGAUCUGCCAGAAGAUGAUCCACAGUCUGCUUAUAAGAAUGUGCCUGGCCCAUGUGACCCUGAAGAUCUUCUGGACGGAGUGAUCUUUACAGCUAAAUAUCUCGGCUCUACGCAGCUGCAGUCAGAGAAGAAUCCAUCCACCAAUGCUCGUAUGACCCAAGCACAGGAGGCCGUGGAUUGCAUCAAGGCACCUGAGGGGGAGUCACAGCCUAUGACUGAGGUCGAUCUCUUUAUCUCCACACAGAGAAUCAAAGUACUGAGCGCAGACACACAGGAGGCUAUGAUGGACCAUGCUCUGCAGAUGAUUUCAUACAUUGCGGACAUCGGGAACAUUGUGGUUUUGAUGGCACGCAGGAAGCCGGCCGGUCGCAAAACAGCGGAUUCAACAGAGGGAUCCAACGCACCGCCGAAAAAGUGCUGGAUGAUCUGUCACGUGUUUUCUUCUGAUGAUGCUCAUAUAAUCGCCCAGGCUAUUGGUCAGGCAUUUGGUGUUGCAUAUCAGCAGUUUCUGUAUACCAAUGGUAUUAAAUCCAGUGACUUGCGUCCGGGCGAGUACAGCGAUUACCUGGGCACUCAGGAGCUCUAUAACGGAGACCUGGUUCAUUUCUCUCGCUCUGAAAACAUCCGAGAGGUGUGCAUAUCAAAGAAGCCAGGUGAGAUAUUAGGUGUUGCUAUCGUGGAGUCUGGCUGGGGAUCCAUCUUGCCUACAGUUGUGGUUGCCAACCUGCUUCACGGCGGCCCCGCUGAACGCUCCGGCGAGCUGAGCAUCGGGGAUCGCAUAAUGUCGGUGAACGGCACCAGUCUGGUGGGACUCCCCAUCGCUACCUGCCAAAAUAUCAUACGAGAGCUGAAGAAUUUGGCGAUCGUAAAGCUCAGCAUUGUCCACUGUCCACCUGUAACCAUGGCGAUCAUCAAGCGUCCAGACCCCAAGUAUCAGCUGGGCUUCAGUGUGGAGGAUGGGAUUAUUUGCAGUUUAAUGCGCGGAGGAAUCGCCGAGCGGGGGGGCAUUCGAGUUGGUCAUCGCAUUAUUGAGAUCAACGGACAGAGUGUCGUAGCCACACCUCAUGAGAAAAUCAUCCACAUACUGUCCAGUGCCGUAGGAGAGAUUCAUCUGAAGACUAUGCCAACAUCAACAUACCGUCUCCUGACUGGACUGGAUCAGCCCGUGUUCCUUUAAAUUAAGAGGCUGCUCCUUUCACGUUCUCAGCACCACAUGCAACUUUUAAUAAAAUAUAUAUUUCAAUAUUUAAAAAAAGGAAAUGGAUCUGGACGGUGUGAAUAAUAUACAGAUUAUGGACCUCCAUUUUAAAGCUGUUCAGAGACUGAAAUUAUGAUUUAACUGCUGGUUUGUAACAUUUGUCUUUGUCAAUGCUGCCAGAUCAAGGUGCCUGAAGAUAAGCCUUGUGUUUGAAUGACUAUGCAUUAGAGUCCACACCUAUACUGAACAUCAGACAUGCAAAUUAAACUGCCUGCGCAAUACAGCAGCAGUGAGUGACUCCAUGUUCAGUGUUUUUAAAGCGUUUACAUGCUCUUUACAGAGCUUAAGAUUUAGUGCCUGUAAAAAUAGACCUUGUUUAAUGCGGGGUUUGUUUUUUUAGUUAUAUAGAGAAGUAUAUUUUAUUAACUGCUGUAUUUGAUGUUUAUUAAAGACACAAAAACA